GUGACGCCACUUCCGUGACAAUAGGGACAGCGUGACUGAUUUAGCAACAAUAACAAGAGCUGCGCGGAACAGUUUGGCGAUCAAAGUGCGAGGCUUCAAAUGACAUGACGUGGAUAAACUGACGGUUAGGAGACGCGUCCUGUCCCGCGUCACACUGUGGAGCUGCUCCUUCAAUUGCUGUUAUUUCUGAAAACUGCCGUGAGGACGCUGAUCAGAGCCCAGUCUCUUUGCUGUUUUGCAGCCACAUUUAAUGUGUUUGAGCCCUGACACUCAAAGGACAAAUAACUUUUGUAGUAAAAGUAAAUGUUAUUUUAUGGCACAGCUGUGACUGUGGACCUGUGAGGACAAAUCGCACAGCAGUAACUGUGAAUCAACAGUUGUAUAAGGUGCGUGGUGUGAGCUGGUACAAUGGAAGCUUCUGAGACAGAAGGCCGCACCUUCAUGCAGGCGAUCAGUGAGAAGUACAGCCCAGAAAACUUCCCUUGCCGUCGGGGUCCAGGCAUGGGGGUCGUGGUUGUGCCGUCUAGACAGCAGGGAUCACCUAUGAAAGACCGUCUGAACCUGCCCAGUGUUCUGGUUUUGAAUGGCUCUGGAAUCAGUCAUGCAGGAGAAGAGGGAGAAAUUGCUGCCUUCUGUACUCAUGUAGUUGAACUUGAUCUGUCCCACAACAAGCUCCAAGACUGGCUUGAGAUCAGCAAGAUUGUUUCCAACAUCCCUAACCUGGAGUUCCUGAACCUCAGCUCUAAUCAGCUGAGUGAUGCAGUCUUGGAGCCGGACUGUGCAAAGGCCUUCUCUAGCAUCCGCCGCCUCGUUCUUAACAAUACCCAGGUGUCCUGGUAUACAGUGCACACAUUCACACAAGAGAUGCCUGAACUAGAGGAGCUGUUCCUGUGCCUUAAUGAGUACACCACUGUGACACCGGCCACCAUGCCCUGCCCCACACUGCGUCUGCUCCACAUCACAGAUAACAGUCUCCAGGAGUGGAGUGAAGUACGAAAAUUCGGCUCCAUGUUCCCUGCACUGGACACUCUGGUCAUGGCCAACAACAACCUGAACUCCAUUCAAGACUCAGGAGAAAUCCUUCAGCGGCUCUUCCCUAACCUUCGAAGCAUCAAUCUGCAUAACGCAGGACUUAAUCGAUGGGAGGACAUUGAGAAGCUAAACUUUCUGCCCAAACUGGAAGAAGUGAGGUUGCAAGGCAUUCCUCUACUGCAGGCUUACACGAGCAUGGAGCGUCGCAGUCUAAUGAUAGCCCAACUGCCGUCAGUGACCUCUCUGAAUGGGAGUGCCGUGACGGAUUGUGAGAGAGAAGAUGCUGAGAGAUUCUUCAUCCGUUAUCACUUGGAUCAUUCAGAGGAAGAGCUGCCUCACAGACUUCACAAGCACCCCUGUAUUUUCAAAAAUAAAGCACAGCGGAGGGCUCUGGCAGCCCAGGAUGUGCAGAUUUUAAGACAAUCACCCAUAGCUGAAAGAAAAUGUUGCACUGCACUGAUGUCUUAAAGAAGAAAUCAUGGAUCUCCAUUGCCUGCUGAUGUGUGUCGUAUGCUGUCAGCCAUUAAUUACAUGCAAAAGACUCUCAGGCCUUAUAUAUUGUAUGGGCAGUGCUAGAUUCACAUUAUAUUAUAUAUUGUAUGGGCAGUGCUAGAUUCACAUAGAAACAACUUAUUUACAAAUGUUUUUAAAUGUCCAGUUCAUUUUUAUAAUCUGAUUGAAGAAUCCAGAAGGGAAUUGCGGAGUCACAUGCAUGUGCUAUUUAAUUGUGGUAUUUUUUGUUUUAUUCCUUUUUAAAAUAUUUCUAUUAGUACUUUCUCUGCUGCUUUGGAAGUAGGCCCUCAAACUUGUACUUCCAAUACAAAGCAUACGCUUGGAAAAGUGCUUAUCCUCAUUUCACUUGUAUCCAUAUUAUAGUAUGUUGAUUUGGAUAUUUUACUCUCAGAAUAAUGAGAUGUGUUAAGUGACAGAACAUAAAUCCUCCAAAGAUUAUGUUGAUUAUUAUUCACAGCAUUUAUUAUUGAUUUACUGAUUGGUGUUAUUUGUUCAAAACAAAACGAAACAAAUUAGUAGCAAAACAAUCAUAGUGUACGACUGUAUCCAGCCAGUAUAUUAUGAAAUUAAUUUUAAAAAUUAAAUUUUAAAUUUAUUAAAUUAAGGGAAUAGUUCACCCAAAAAUGA